AUGUAUGUCCAACUUUUUGUCAGAGCACAUGCCAACGGGUCCAUCAGAAGAGGCCACAAGAAUGAUGCCACAGAAGCCGUAACCAUGAGAACAGGUCUUGGAGUCAACCUGAAGGAAGUUAAAAUCUUUAACCGAGUAAGAGAAAAAGGGACCAAUGUUUGUGAAAAGGACAAUGGUGGAUGCCAGCAACUUUGUCUUUAUCGAGGAAAUUCUCGGAGAACUUGCACUUGUGCCCAUGGAUAUUUAGCAGAGGAUGGAGUUACUUGCCUAAGGCAUGAAGGCUAUUUGCUAUAUUCAGGGAGAACAAUAUUAAAAAGUAUACAUCUUUCUGAUGAAACCAAUUUAAAUUCACCAAUAAGGCCAUAUGAAAAUCCACAUUAUUUUAAGAAUGUCAUAGCCUUGGCUUUUGACUAUAAUCAAAGAAGAAAAGGUACCAACCGAAUCUUUUACAGCGAUGCACACUUUGGAAAUAUACAGCUUAUUAAAGAUAACUGGGAAGACAGACAAGUAAUCGUUGAAACCCCUAGUAACCUUUGA